UUAGAUCGGUUUAAAAUCUCGUUGUGGACACUUAUCUAAAACGUGUACUUUCAUAUAAUAAAAUUACAUUUUUCAGUUUCUGUAAAAUGUGUUUUUUUAAAAAGUCUUCAUCAUCCCACCCCGUAACAGUGGUGUCAGAAGUGGGAUGGUGUGGUAGACUCGCCGCGUAUUAGCAACAUCGUCCUGUUUGAGCCCCGUGAGCUCACCUACUAGUUAAGGUUAUGCGGAUAUGGGGGCAGGGGUGAUGAGCUGCGGGUUUGAGUGAUGCAGGUACAUCAACGCAGAACCACUACGUAGAAGUACUGGGGCUGUAAACUUGAAAUUCGGGCAGCUGGUGCGUUUCAUCUUGUAAGCAUCCACUAAGGAAAUAUUCGUGGAGAUAAAUGAUUACACAGAAACAUGGCCGAUGUUAUAGUGAAUUCAACGCAGAGCGUUUUAAAAGACACAUACGAUUAUUAUAUAUGGACACUAUCAUUGUCAGAUGAUAGAACAAAAGGAUGGCCACUGGUUGACUCGCCGCUGCCGACUGCGUUGUACACUUUAGCCUACCUCUUCAUAGUGUGGAUCGGUCCUAAGCUAAUGAAAAACAGAAAGCCAUUUCAAUUAACAUGGCUUUUAGUACCCUACAACUUAGCCAUGGCUGCGCUAAAUGCCUAUAUAGCUGUCAGGUUACUGACAGCCUCAUUUAGAUUAAGAUAUAGUUAUAUUUGUGAACCUUGCCGGCAGAAAUAUGACCCGGACGAAUUGCAGAUAGCAGAUGCGGUAUGGUGGUACUAUUUUUCGAAGCUUCUGGAAUUUUGUGAUACCUUCUUCUUUAUACUGAGGAAGAAGGAUGAGCAGCUGACAUUUUUGCAUGUUUACCAUCACUCGACCAUGUUUUCGUUCUGGUGGAUUGGAAUCAAAUGGGUGCCUAGUGGAUCUACUUUCCUUCCCGCCAUGGUGAACAGUGGAAUCCACGUGCUGAUGUACACUUACUAUGGUCUUUCAGUUUUCGGUCCGACAGUCAGUCAGUAUUUGUGGUGGAAGAAGUAUCUCACGAUCAUGCAACUGAUCCAGUUCACAUGCGCUUUGAUUCUCGGCAUCAACGGAAUCAGAACAGGCUGUGAGUUCCCGCUUUGGAUGCACUACGUGCUGAUCUUCUACAUGAUUUCCUUCAUCAUUCUGUUCGGUAACUUCUACAUGAAGGCUUAUAUUGCAAAGGGAAGCAAGUGUAUGGAAGUCAGAUACGGGCAGUGUCUGGACGAUGACGAAACGAUAGCCGCCAAAAAACUUAAAGAUUGCUAAACAUAGUUAACCAUAAUAUUUAUUACAUCAGUUGAUUAAAAAAACUUAAUUUAAGGACUUCUCUUUAAUAUUAUUUACACUGUGCUAUUUUUACUAAAUUAUACAUAGAUCAAAUAAACAUUUAAUCUAG